AUGUUCACUGUGCAUGUUGUGCUCUGUGUCAGGUCUACACUGUCAUGUUCACUGUGGAUGUUGUGCUCUGUGUCAGGUGUUGAUCUGAUCACAGCCUGUGACAUCCGACUGUGCACCCAGGACACCUGGUUCCAGGUGAAGGAAGUUGAUAUCGGACUUGCAGCAGAUGUUGGAACUCUGCAGAGACUUCCUAAAGUCAUCGGCAGCCGCAGCCUAGUGAACGAGUUGGCUCUGACCGCCAGGAAGAUGUACGCCGAUGAAGCCAAAAGCAGCGGAUUGGUCAGCCGAGUGUUUGCCGAUAAGGAGGCCAUGUUGGCCGGAGCGCUGGAGAUGGCCGGGGAGAUCGCCGCCCGCAGUCCCGUAGCUGUGCAGGGCACCAAAAUAAACCUGGUCUACUCCCGAGACCACAGUGUGGCAGAGGGACUGGACUACAUGGCCACCUGGAACAUGAGCAUGCUCCAGACUCAAGAUGUGAUGAAGUCAGCUCAGGCCGCCAUGGAGAAGAAGAGUCCCAAGACCAUCGCUUUCUCCAAACUCUAAACCUCGCUGACGCAAAGUUCAGAUACACACAGACAGAAGCUGCCAUUGUGGCCUUUCUGUGUAUGAAAGGGAAACCGCAUCGAUGCUAUUUGGCAACCUGGGGCCACUUGAGUGGGAUGCAAGUGAGAUUUAAAAGCUGGACGAUUGGGAUUGGUUUCCAAAACAAAUGUAUUAUUGUUUGGGUGGAAAAGCCUUUAAAACGGCAUUUUGAUAAGUCAUCCGUGUGUAAAAUCUGAAUCACAAGUAAGUUCAUGUUGAAGUUAAACUGUAAUAUAACGAGGAUUUUCUGAGCUUUUCGUUGUAAAAGUAAAAAAAAAAAAAAAAAAAGCUGGUUUUGUAAAUCUGUAAAUCGACUUCAUGAAUGUUUAAUCUUAAAAAAAAAAACUCAUUUGAAAGUUGGUGUUGACGGAUUUUGAAAUAUCCAUGUUGACCUGUUUAUUUUCUAAAAUGAUUUAACAACAGGCGGAUUAAAAUAACUUAAAAUGCUUUAUUGAUAAAAACUUAAAUUAUACAAAUAAACUUAAAUUCACAACAGCGUCUGCUUGGCACGAAGUUUCUGUAACGUUUUCUGUGAAGAGAUGGUAGAAAAACUUAUUUAAUUCAGAAUUCAUGCAACUUAAACAACAACUUGGUGCUCACAGUUCUGUAAUAAUCUCUU